AUGAGCUCCUCACGCUGCAGUUCAUGGCGGGCUACACCCUGGAGGACGUGGAGAUGGUGGUCAACGCCAUGGCGCAGACGGGGAAGGAGCCCACCUUCUGCAUGGGCAACGACAAGCCGCUCCCCGCACUCUCAGACCGUGCCCACGUCCUCUACGACUACUUCUCCCAGCGCUUCGCCCAGGCCCGGCCCCUGGCCUCGGUCCUCGCCGCCGCCGCCGCCGCCCGCCGCCGCCGCCGCGGGAGCGCGAGCUUGA